GCAGUCAAGUUCGAUCGCGCGUCCCAUCCGCGUACGUACGCCGUAUACCUACAUACCGUUGGGGCUACGAGCUUUGACAGGGAUCUUACUCGCUCUCGGAGUAAGUGGAGUUGUUUUUUUUUUUAGUUCUCUCUCUCUCUCUCUCUCUCCCCUUGUAAGCAGUGCUUCGUCCGGUUGUUUGUUGUUCUCGUUGUCGUACAGUAGUUGUACACCGUUUGUAAAAAAAGGUUGCAAAAAAGACAUAGACAAUAACAAAAUGACGAUGGCUACGGAGACCGAGAACAACGGGCCAGCGGCCGAGACCAAGGACAUCAAGGACGUGAAGGAGAUUAAGGACGCGUUGAAGGACGAGACGCCGCCCGAUAAUAAACAGGACGAGGCGGCCAAGGAGUCGGCGGCCAAGGGGGACGAGAAAAAAGAGGAGGCGGAGAAGAAGCCGGAGGACGGAGCCGUGGCUGCCGCCGGUGGCGCGGGUGACGCGGCUGCCGGUACCCAGGCCGCGCCUGCCAAGGCCCAAAGUGUCCACAAGACGAAUUACGAAAAGGACACGGUCUAUUUGUACCAGUUCCCGAGGACGCCGCUGCUCCCCAGCAUAUCGCCUUACUGCCUGAAGGUCGAGACCUGGCUGAGACUCAACGGCAUCAAAUACGAGAACGUCGAUCACAAGAUGAAGUUCCGCUCGAAGAAGGGCCAGUUGCCGUUUGUCGAGGUGAACGGCGAGGAGAUAGCCGACAGCGCCAUCAUACUGCGCGAACUCGGCCAAAAGUACGAGAAGGACCUGGACGGGUGCCUCAACGCCGAGCAAAAGUCCGUCCAGCACGCGACUAUCUCGAUGAUCGAGAACCACCUCGUAUGGGUGAUCAAUUGCUGGCGCACCAAGAACCUCGACCAAAUGCUCAAGGGGUACAAGAUCAAUCUCCAGCACGCCCUUGGCACCCGCAUACCCAACAGCAUCCUCAACAUAUGCUUCAAGUUCACGUUUGGCCGCAAGUUCAAUUGGUUUCAGGGCGCCAAAAAGGUCAAGGCUCAGGGUAUGGGCGUCCACAAGCCCGAGGAGGUGAUCCAGUUUGGCUGCGACGAUCUCAAGGUGCUCAGCGACAUGCUCGCCGACAAGCCGUUCUUCUUCGGUGACGAGCCAACCACGCUCGACGUCGUGGCGUUCGCCAAUCUGGCACAGAUCCUGUACAUCGACAGGGAGACGCCGUUCUCGCUACGGGACUACAUGCAGGAGAACUGCCCGAACCUCGUGGGCCACUGCUCGCGCAUGAAGGAGCGCUGCUUCCCGGACUGGGACGAGAUCUGCUCGACCCUCGACAUGAACACGCAUCUGCCCAAGCCGGAAAAAACCGAGGAAAAGGAGGGAAAGGAGGAAGCCAAGGAGACCAAGGAGUCCAAGGAGGAGAAGGAGGGCGACAAGGAGAAGGCUGACAAAGAGGAGAAGGACGUCGAGAAGGACAAGGAGGUCGACGAGAACAAGGAGAAGGACAAGGAGGGCAAAUAAGCUGGCGAUUUAUACAUACAAAUAUAAAUAUAUACAUGAAUUGUACAUCACCAUCACUACCCACCACUACUACCACCACUACCAUCAUCAUCAUCAUCGGCAAUAGACCCGGCGUUUCUUUUUUUUUUUUUUCCCCCAUACGCGUCAUAUGUCAGCAAAACAGUGAAUAAAAUUGGGCCAAUGACUAUUGCGAGGAAUCCGAUACUUCUCCCCUCCCUUCCCAACAAGAAUGGUGAUGAUGAUGAUGAAUGAUGAUGAUGAUGUCUUGAUAGAAAAGACGGUUUACAUUAUGAUUGCUAUCUAUUCGAAAGAUAUUUGUGCGAGUAAUGCAUUUUAGAAUCGCUAGGAGGGCGAGAUUUUUUAGAGGGACGAGAUAUUAUGCGAUUUGAUGAUGCGUUGUUGGAAAAAAAGAGAGAGAGCGAAAGAAAAUUACGUUUUUUCCUUUAUUUUUUAGUGACGUUGGACUUAUUUUUGUAUACCUGAUGCUCUCUAAUAGGACGCUCUUUGAAAGAAGAGGCAAGUAGAAUGCAUGUGUGUUUAUAUAAUUUUCGACGAACAAAAAAAACAAACGUUAAUGUUUAUUUCAUACGAUGGGGGGAAGAAAAAGUGUGUUUCAUAAGGGACGAAAAAAAAUGAAAGGACGUUU